AGUCUAUUCUCUGGCUUCACAGGGCUGCACAAGUGGACAUGUGGACACUGGACUGAAAACAGAGGAUUGUCUUGACCCCCACUGCCGCCUGCGUGAAUGACCUUUACGCCUAGAUGAGUGCUCCAGACCAGAGGGGAGAUGGCCAGAGUGUACACGUUUUAUGUGGGUGUAUUGGCAGGUUUGGUCUUAUGUAAAUACUCCGAGGCGGGCUGGAAUACAACCGAGGGAAGUACUGCCAAUGAAACUGCGUGCGAUCACCAUAGCAGCGGAGACAACUGCACAGACACAGACAACUGGAACGGUCACUUUUCCACGUGUCCAGAAAAACUCACUCACUACUGCAUCCACGGGGAGUGUCGUUACAUCAAAGAAAUGGAUGUAGUGUCUUGCAGGUGUCAUCCCGGGUUUGUUGGAGCCAGGUGCGAGUUUAUAGAUUUUAGUCCACGCAGAGAAGAGAAAAAAUACAUCAUCCUCAUCUGCGCCGUUGUGGGAUUACUGCUCGUCAUAGUGGUCAUCCUUAUCGUCUUUUUGCACCGGAAGUGCAACCUCUGUCACAAAAAGAGCAGGAGUAGAAACGAGUCGAGAAACGGCGCGGAGAAAAACCACGAGGACACCAACUUGAAAUUAAUCGCCGACUCUGCAGAGCAACCGAACAGAACGAACUCUGUGUGAAGUGAAAAUGUAAAAUGUGUGUGCGUUCUGCUCGCUCUCGGAGAGGAGAGGAAUGCGUCUGACACCAGCUGCUGCCUUUUGUCACACAGUUCAGUUUCAGUGUCAUACUCGGACCACGGCACCGGCCUAAACGUCGGAGAAAAGCCAGAAGAAAGGUACGCAUCUAUCUGCUUAUUUUUCCCUGAAUGGUACCAAGUGUGACGAUCCGAUUUGGGAAUAACGUGGAUGGGCUGGACGUGUGCCUGCCUUUGUGCGAAAUGGAAAAAAGAAAAUCUGUGUCUCCAGCUGCCGGUGGAUGAUAACAGCUGAUGGAAAUAUUUGUGAUGGAGAUGCUUUCCAUUCCUGCGCAACUCCGGGAACAGCUUCUGGAAGUGUUCAGGACGAGGACGAGAGAGAGGGCCGACUGUCCCUAUCUGCGCCGUACAUGUGCAAUACUUUAAAAGACGUAAAACCGAGUAUUUUUUUUUUACAGAUUCACCACGUCUCGUAUAUAAAGAGCUGAGAAAUACGUUGUUACUUACUUUCCAAAACUGCCAGCUGCACACAGACAACACAUUGAUGAAGGAUUUCUUAGGUAAACUCAUGUUCUGACUCUGUUUACCUAAACCCACUGCCCAAACUGUUUAUUUUAUCUCAAAUCCCUGAAGUUAACACAGUGUUGGUUAUAUUUAUUCACUGAUCUUAUGUGUCUUAUUAUUAUUUUUUCGAUCAUUUCCAGGAUAACAUCGUGUCACAUUCCAUUACCAUGACCAGAUCUGUUAGUUUAGUCCAGUCUCGUAAUACUAGUUGUAUUUAUUUAUUUAUUUUUUGAACAGGGUGUGGUGCUAAUUUGUGUGUUGUGUAUGUAAGACAGUGUAAGUCACAUGGAAGAGACAAAGCAAAUAAAUAUGAACUGCUGACUGGUGGAAGUUGUGUGUACACUUUCUCUUUAUAAAUCUGUCCUGUGUUUGAUUUUGUCAGGUGUUUUCUGGGUUUUGUUGGAAGUUUGAACUAAUAAUGUCAUAAAACCUCUUAAAAAUGAGACACUGUAAUCUGAAAAAAGGCCUAAACAUAAUCCAAAUCCAGCAAAACCUGCACUUAUACUUGUCCCGAGCGUGAAUCUGCUGCGUUGUUUUCAGUAAAUGUGUGAUGAUGUUAUUUCAGGUGCGCGGUUCUCUUCAAAGCUGUCGUGCUGUUUUCAUGGGUGUGUCCACAGACUUGAUAGUGCUGUGCAGAUAUCAAAGGGCAGGGCUGGAUUUGGAGAAGUCUUUUCAAGAAAACUGUUGACCAGUAAUCUGCCUGAAACACGUGGCCACAAGAUUCACACAUCCAGAGUCCGAUUGUUCUGUUUCGAGUUCACCUUGAAGUUUAAAAUAAGACUAAAAACCCGACACAUCUCCUUAAUGUUUAGUUCCAGCUAGACGAGCCAGAGAUCUUGGUGUUUUAUUGUUUUAUUGUCCUUUGCUUGUGUGUGUGUCGUGUUUUCUGUUUUGUUUUAUGUCUGUGUGAAGCACUUCCGGCAGCUUAAGUUGUAUUUUAAAUGAGUUAUAUGAAUAAAAUUGGAUUGAGUGGAGUAUCCCCU